AUGGCAACUUCGCUGCCGCCAGAAUUAGGCGAUUUUAACAGAAAAGUUGCUAUUACUAUCAAAAACCUUUCGCCACAAGUAACUCUGGAGUAUCCGGUAGUUUAUAUUGAAUCAGAAACGUUAAAUUAUGGGCUUCCUAUGAAUCAACUAACGAGUGAUAAGGAUCGUAAUGAAUCUUUGGCCUUCAUGUGGAGCGUCCCAUUUAACUACGGUUUUUAA